AUGGCUAGCAAGGCUACAGAAGGAUUACGGAAGAUCCAGGAGAUUAUGGAAAGCAUGCAUCCUGGGAACAAAAAGGUCGCAGACCUCGCCCGUGAUACCGUCGAUGUCCACGCGCCUGCUCCUUUCACCACCGACCACGGGACCAAAGUCAGCAAUACUGACAAUUGGUUGAGGGCUGCAUCCGAAAACCAAACUGGCCCGUCGUUGUUGGAGGAUCAGAUUGCUCGCGAAAAGAUCCAUCGGUUUGAUCAUGAAAGAAUCCCAGAGCGUGUUGUGCAUGCUCGAGGAACAGGUGCCUUCGGUCACUUCAAGCUUGUUGAGAGCGCAGAAGACGUAACUUCUGCCGGCGUGUUAACUGAUACUUCACGGACAACUCCUGUUUUUGUCCGCUUUUCUACCGUCCAAGGUAGCAAAGGCAGUUUCGAUACAGUCCGUGAUGUGCGUGGUUUCGCCACCAAGUUUUAUACGCAAGAAGGCAACUGGGAUCUUGUUGGCAAUAAUAUUCCUGUCUUUUUUAUCCAAGAUGCCAUAAAAUUUCCUGACAUAAUUCACGCUGUCAAGCCGGAACCGCACAACGAAGUCCCUCAAGGGCAAACUGCCCACAACAACUUUUGGGACUUCGUUUACUUGCAUCCUGAAGCGACCCAUAUGUUUAUGUGGGCCAUGUCGGACAGAGCAAUCCCGCGAUCUUACCGUAUGAUGCAGGGAUUUGGCGUCAACACAUUUGUUCUUGUGAAUCGUCAAGGAAAACGACAUUUCGUAAAAUUCCAUUGGAUGCCAGAACUUGGAGUCCAUUCACUCGUACCCGAUGAGUCUUUCAAACUCGGAGGUCAAGAUCCGGAUUACCACCGCAAAGAUCUCAUGGAGGCAAUUGACAACAAAGUCUACCCGAAAUGGAAAUUUGGGAUCCAGGUGAUUCCUGAGGAGAAGGAACAUGAAUUUGAGUUUGACAUCCUUGAUGCAACUAAGAUAUGGCCUGAAGACUUGGUCCCCGUUCGAUAUAUUGGAGAGAUGGAGCUCAACAGGAACGUGGACGAGUUCUUUCCACAGACCGAACAAGUUGCCUUCUGCACCUCCCAUAUCGUCCCUGGAAUUGAAUUCUCUGAUGACCCUCUACUGCAGGGCCGUAACUUCUCAUAUUUCGAUACCCAAAUCUCCAGACUUGGUGUCAACUGGGAGGAACUGCCUAUCAAUCGUCCUGUGUGUCCUGUCAUGAACCACAACAGAGAUGGCGCCAUGCGCCACAAAAUAACUCAGGGAACCGUAAACUAUUGGCCAAACCGCUUUGAAGCCUGCCCACCCACGAAGCCCGAGGACGGCGGCUUCGUCACAUACCCUCAGAAGAUAACACAGAACAUUAAAGCUAGAAUGGUGAGCAACAAGUUCCGCGAACACAUUAACCAAGCACAAUUAUUUUACAACUCCCUUUCUGCCUACGAACAGCUCCAUAUUCAGAACGCCUUCUGUUUUGAGCUAGACCACUGCGAUGACCCGGCCGUCUACAACAGACUCGUCGAGCGACUUACUGAAAUCUCCUUACCGCUCGCACAAGCUGUCGCAAUCAAAGUCGGCGCUCCAACACCACAACAGGCUGGACGUCCCAACAAAGGUCAAAAAACCAUUAACCUCAGCCAAGAAUACAUAAACGAGCGCCAGCUUUCUGUACCCACCAUCAAGGGGCGAAAAAUAGCUAUCCUGAUUGGUGAUGGCUACGACCCAAUCGCCUUCGCCUCUGUCAAAGCUGCGGCAACAGCCAUGAACGCUCUGCCCAUCAUAAUUGGUACAAAACGCCAAGCCAUCUUUGCUGACCACGAAGAUAGGGAGACCGGUGCAGGCGUAAUUCCAGAUCACAACUAUAUCGGCCAGCGGUCUACUCUCUUUGACGCCACGUUCAUACCAGGUGGCUCGCAUAUCAAGGAGCUGAGCCGGCUAGGCGCUUUUAGACAUUGGAUUGCAGAACAGUUCGGACAUUGCAAGGCCAUAGGUGCUACAGGGGAAGCUGUGAAUCUUAUCGCCCAGGUUCUGAACAGCCUGCCUGGUCUGAACGUUGCGUUGGCCUCAUCUAGCGAUGUUGUCGAAUGUUACGGCGUUGUCACAUCAAGCAAGCUGCACGAACCCCACAGUUUGACAGAACGGUUCAAGUUAUUCCCUGAGGCGAAGGAUUUCCUGGGAAAGUUCCUGUACCAAGUUUCACAACAUCGGAAUUAUCAGAGAGAUAUGGUAGGAUUGACUAAUCAGGUUGCAUUUUAA